UUUUGCAACAAAAUGAUUCGCAAUUCAAUUUUCCCCUUCGUUCUCCUGACCUUCUCCGUGGCGCACGCCGCCUACGACUUGAACGUGGCGAGGACCAUCUGCGCCGUGGGAAAUAGGCGCGGCGUAACCGCUCGGGUAAUGCUGGCCGCAUUUGAGACGGCCAUUGUGGAGUCGGGGUGUCGAAAUUUGAAUUAUGGAGACCGUGAUUCCGUCGGAGUUUUCCAACAGCGUCCUUCCCAAGGUUGGGGGACCAGGGAACAGUGCAUGAAUGUGGAAUAUGCAUCCAAUAAAUUUUUUGAGGUUUGCCAAACUCGCGAUAUUUGCGGGCCGACGGCAGGUCAACUGGCCCAAUGCGUGCAACGGUCAGCCUAUCCGGACAGGUAUGACCAAAAUGAGGGGAACGCGAGAGGGCUGAUGAAUCAGAUUGGGUGCAAAGCUGGUGGAGGUGGAGGUGGGGGUGGCACGAAAAAUGAGCAACCCUGCUCCUCUGUCGGCCAUUGUUUCAAUAAGAAUACGGAAACCUGUUCGGGAACACCGAAGGAGAAAGUUAAUGGACAAUGGGGCUGUCCCACCCAGUCGGCUAAUAUCAUUUGUUGCGACACGUCUAGUGGGGGAGGAGUUAAAAAUGAGCAACCGUGCAGUCGAGUUGGCUAUUGUUACGACCGAAAUAGUGGAUCGUGUCCGGCGGAUCGUCAGACGGAUAAGGUCGAUGGCCAGUGGGCCUGCCCAACCCAACCGGAUAACAUCAUUUGUUGUCGUAAUUAGAUAACUGAAAGGUCCGGAAUUAUGUUUGUGGUGAUAAUAAAGUUGUAAAAUUGGCAGGUGGCUAAACAGAGAGAAAUAAAUUGAUAUAUUUUUGACGUAUCAUACGGAUUG